CAAAUAAAUUUGAAUUUUCGACGUUGAUUUUUUGGUGGUGGAAGCGGAUCUUUGGCAAUUGAUACUCCACCCACUAAAAAUCUAACUAGCUGGUGCAACGUUGCCCUGUUCCGGUGCUCAUAAUUGUCCUGGACAUGUCUUGCUUGGGAACAACGAGCUCUGGCGGAAGAAGCAUCUGCUGGUACAAUCGAGAGUCUAGCUAGCACCGUUGCUGCUACUAGCUAGAUCCAGUUUGUUGCUCAGUCUCACAAUCAAAUUAGCUCUUACGCAUAUAUUAGUUGCCACUAGCUAUCUAGCUACCGGUAGCCAACUAACAAGAAGCUAUCUAGCUAUCUAGCUAACAAGCUGAAGCAGGAACUACAGUACAUCAGCAUGAAGGUGCCCAAGUUUCUCAAGCGCGGUGGUCGACGCAGUGCCGCUAGCAGCAAGCAAGCAGCUAGUUCUACUACCACGGGUACUGCUAGUAGCGAAAGCCCUGGUACAGAUGGAGCAAGUAACUUGAAUGACGAAGUCAAGCUGUUGGAUGAUGUUGAUGAUUACAAUCAGUUUUGCUUUGAUCACAUCUUGCUAGAUGUGGACACUACUCGUACAUGUACCGGUACAUGUAGUACUGAUGCUGCGUGUACUGAUAAAAAGGCAGAGUCAGGAAAUACUACUUGCAAGAGCAACAGAAGUUCCUCUUGUAGUACUCUUUCUACAGAGAUUGCAGAGGAGGAAGAUUUCAGUGAUCCAUGGAUGAGCCUUGACAAUGUGGAAGGACCUAUUGCUGGUAGUACAUGCAAGGAUAGUACUAGUAGCAAUGCUACACUCAAGCUAACCAACUAUGUGGACCAACCUUGGGAUUUGGAACUUUUGGAGUCUAAACUAUUGGAGUACCAAUGCCACUCCAUUCUGUUUGUGGAUGUCAUUCCUGCCAAAAACUUUCGAAGAUGGCAAUUUCAAAAGACCCGCCUGUGUCGGCAAUUAAUCCCUCUCAUGGAAAAACACAAGGAAAUGUGGAAAACGGUUCAGUUCCAAUCGACACUUAAAAUGGACCUAGACCUCCGCAAUGAAUCUCUCGAUCCUCGCACUCUCGCCUCCUGUGUGGAUACCACUGUCACCUUAUUGGGGCAAGUGCAGCAAGACGUGGACAUUGUCUCUUUGCAAUUCCACAUUCUUCAAAGCGACUUUGUUCCGGCAUCCGACAAGUCUGUUUCAUCUCAACUUUCAACUUCCAAAACUCCUCCUCAACAGCAGCAGCAGCUAGAGAACCUUCAGACCAUCGUGCUGGCUCUCAUUGGCUUGCUGUCCCUAAGAGAUCGGUCCUGGUAUAGCAUCUCCUUUUAUGGAAUUGACGCAUUGGAUCCAUCGAAAGACAACGAUGCCGAUUUCUUCUUCUUUGCCGAUUCCCCUUAUUAUCAGUGCCGGAGGAUACUGGACGAGGCAUCCAUCAAGUUUGGUGUCCCUAUCAAGGUGGAGCCCGCAUCAUACUAGUAAAUGGAACACAACACGCGUUGCUUCUUUUAAAACGGGACACCAAGGCAGCAUCAGACGGAUUGAUGCAUUGAUUUUGAUUGACACGGUUCUUUGGGUGUAUUCGUAGGACCGUGCGACACGACACCGGCCACAGCUAACCGGUUGGGCUUAUUGCACUUGUGUGCCAUUUAUUUAUUGUUACAUCUAGUUUGUCAAGGCUAACUGAACUUGACUGCAGAAAUUACGUAGUUCAUCAUACCAUGCGGUUUCAUAGAUAAGGUAUUGUAGAACAAAAUUAAACUUGAU